GCCAUAAGAUCGAGAAGCAGAUAUACAUACAUAUACCACUACGUAUUGUGCCCAGUGGCAUUGGAAGAAUUUCUAAAAACGAACUAGAUCUUUAAUUUUUGAAAAUAAGGAAUCUGGGUUUUCAACUCGAUUAGAACUGAAAUACAUUUAUUAUAGAUAAUUGUUCGUUGAUUUCUGAAAUUUUGAGCCAGCGGGAAACUGGAAAUUUAAGCAAUCUGAGAAGGAAAAGAAGACGACCAGGCGGAAAAACUUUGCACAAAUCUGAACAGGUGGGACAACGAACUACGGUUACGCUCAUUGAAGCAUCUGCGAGAGAAAAUUAGAAAGAUGAAGGCGUCGAUUGUGGUCUGCUCCGUUUUCAUCGUGAGUUUAACAGGUGUGAUAGAAGCAGCAUUUGGCUUUGGAAAGAGUGACCAAGUGCGGCUGGAAGACAUCUCGGUACUAACCCUUAAACAUGGGAAGAUGACGACGGGAAGGAGAUCAAGUCCUGUAAAACAGCUUCAAUGUGUUGGUGGUUCCGCUGCCCAUGCGUUCACCCCACAGGUAGUCCAGUGUUAUAACAGAGGAUCCGAUGGGUAUGAUGUUCAGUGGGAAUGUAAGACAGACAUGGAUAACGCCUAUCGCUUUGGUCAGAUCGAGGUCAUUUGCGAAGGAUACUCCUCACCAGACGAUGAAUACAUUCUCAAAGGAUCGUGUGGCCUGGAAUACACACUUGAAUACACAAAGGAAGGUAUGAACCAGAAGAACAGUGGAGGGAGCUAUCACAGUUACCAUGACAAUGAUGAUGGAUCCUAUGAUAACUACUAUAACCAAAGCCGGCAGAAAUCUUGGAAGGCAGAUUGGUUGUUCCUGGCCAUUGUUGCAGUCUUGAUGUACGUUAUCUACAGAACCUGCAUUGCCAGUACACCCACUGAAUCGGGAACCGCUGGCAGCGAUGACGGUUACCCAGGCCAGAGAGGUACAGGAUUUGGGCCAGGGGGUGGUGGAGGCGCACCCCCUCCACCGGGCUUCAGGGACGAUGGGUACUCCGGAGGCAGCUGUAGCGGUACCCAAGGGCACUCAUCGGGGAACACCAGGGGCGCAGGGACCGGUGGAGGGGGUCUUGGUGGGGGUGGAUUCUGGACCGGUGCUGCUGCUGGGGGUCUGCUUGGGUACCUCUUUGGUGGAAACAGAAAUCGUGGCUAUGGAUACGGGGGCUACGGCAGGCCGAGGUAUGGCUACACUGCUCCAAGGUACAAUAGUGGAUUCUCCUCAGGCUGGGGAAGCAGUAGCAGGAGCAGCGGUUUCUCAGGGUUUGGUGGUGGGGGAAGUUCAGGCACAAGAACUGCUUCAGGUUUUGGUGGGACGAGACGACGAUGAGAUAUACUGGAGUCAUCCAUGAUAGGUCAGCAUUUUUAUUUCAGUGUGUGUCACAAUCUUCAUCUGUGUGAUAGCGCCCUCGCUCUAUCGUUGGGUAAUACAAUAACGUUUAUAUGUGCUCUGUCUACAAGCAGGCGGUCUACUUCUCAAGCCGUAUAACACCAUCCUGGCUGAACCUAUUUGGUCUACUAGCUACUGAAUGGGCAGCACCAUACAGGCGCAAAAUAUUCCCAGAUCGCCAAAAUCCCACUUUGACUAAUAAUAAUACAAUGUAUAUAUUGCCAUCUAUCUAGAAAUAUUCUAUUCCGAGGCGCACAAGAAAAGACAGAAUGAGAGAGUGCGGAUGAGUUUUAAAGUGCCAGUAACUAAUACUGUUAAAAGAGAUAAGACUUCAAGUUAGAUUUGAAGGUCUCCAGUGAAUAUAUAAUUCUUCAACGGCAAAUUGUUCUAGAGAGAAGGUGCUGGGGCAGAGAAAGCUCACACACCAUAAUGCUACACGUGUCUUGGGAGUCUUACGAAGUUGCUGGUGUGAUGAUCUUAGGCUACAAGCUGUUGUAUAAGGCAUGACAAUGUCAUGUAGAUAUUUUGGUGCCAUACCAUUUAACACUCUCCAAGUGAGACAAAGUAUUUGAAAUUCGCUUCCGGAUUGGCAACCAAUGUAACUACUAAUUAUUUUGCUCUUUGUCAAAUGAAAAUAUGAUUCAUGAACAGUUUAGCUAGUCGUAUAGACUAUUAUAUGUUAGACAAAGUGGAUAUUAGAUUAAAUUGGUGUAGUCUAACUAGAAAUAAGACAAAUGGUAAAUGGGCUAGAGGGAAAUUAUACCACUUGCUGUUGUAGACGAUUUGGAAUAGGACUAAUUGGGAAGAGACCAAGCACCUGUUUCAUAAAACUUAUUACAAUAAAAAAAAUCCAAUAACAGUUCAUAUGAGCUAAUGAAAUCCUAUUAUCUGAUAAGCUGAUGGUAAAUUUGUGAAAGGGGGCACAGAUGGAAAGUAGACAAUUUGCUAAUGUAUACCUAAUCCUAUUUCUACAAACUGAUUCUCGCUUUUUUUUAUAAUCAUUUUGAAGAAAGCAACAACCAAAAUAUAUCACUAGACGUGAGGACAGAAGGUAAACAAGAUAAAAAGGGGAUAUAUACCAAGUGACAAUUUACUUAUUUAUGAUACAUAAUCCUAUUUUCUACAAACUAUUUCUUUUAUUAUUGCUAUUGUUCGUUUUAUUAUAAUAAUUUUAAAGACAGCAACAACGGCUAAAAUAUAUCAUUAACCGUGAGGACAGAAAGUAAAGUAGAUAUUCAGGGGGUGUUCACCAAGUAACAAUUUACUAAUUUAAGAAACAUAAUCCUAUUUUCUACAAAUUAUUUCUUUUUAUUAUUGCUAUUAUUCUUUUUAGUAUAAUCAUUUUAAAGAUACCAACAACAACUAGAAUAUUUAAUUAACCAUGCGAACAUAUUACAAAAUGCCUUCUGAUUCUAUUUGUACAUUAUUACAUGUUAUUGUGGUGGGACAAUGUAAAUAUUGUAAACCUUUAUGACAUUGGUACUUCGUAAAGUUUUGUGCAGUAUAAACAUCUUGGCCCGAAUUCACAAAGGUGUUUUUGAAAACCCACGGUUGAAUCCAUGGUUUUUAGGCUGAUUUUCUGUAUAAAUUACGCUUAAUUUAGCGCGUAUUGGGCGCAUGUAUAAAAAAUGUCCAAUGCUGAUGUGCGCGUUUGUCACAGUGCGCAAAAUUGACGCCUGUUACCAUGGUAAGAUACGCUAUUUCAUUUAUGAGUCCACUGUUUGAAGAGUGGACUCAUUAAUUCAAAACAGUGGACUCAUGAAUAAAAUAGCUUGGAUAACCACGGCAACAGGUGUCAAUUUGGCGCACUGUGACAUAAGCGCAUCAGCAUUGGACAUUUUUAAAUAUACGCACUAAAUUAAGCGUAAUUUAUACAGGAAAUCUGCAUAAACCAUGGACUCAACCGUGGGUUUUCAAAACCACCUUUGUGAAUUCGGGCCAGUGUUGGACCUGAUUAUGUUAGGUAUUAAUUAUUAUCAAUUUCUGUAAUAUGUAAUAUUUUCAAUAUUUUUGAACUAGGAUUAUCUUAUUUUAUGUCACUAAGCUUUCACUUUUGGACAAUCAAGAUUUGUAUGGUUUUAUAAGGAAAGUUAUAUUAUAUUUACUUCAAUAAAUCUAUUUAAUAAUCUA